CUCCCUGUCUCUCCUUUGAACUUGGCAGAGUACAUAGGAGUGUAGCUCUUCCCACACUGGCAGCUCUGGGCGAAGCAGGCGAACAAAAUGAAACGGCUCAUGGGCUUCCUUCUCUUUUUAUUACUUUCCGAAGCACGAAGCCUGGAUCUCCCUACAAAUGGACUCCCUGAAUUCAUGGACUAUGAAGAUUUGGUGGAACUGGAUCCUGAAAAAUCCUUUUUUCCUACUGAAAAUAGAAGAUAUCAGAGAAGCAUAUUUAAUGAUCAUGAAUUGGAUGAAGUAAUGGAAAAUGUUGAUGACCAAAUAACUCUUUACAGUUAUAAAGUUCGAUCUACUGUUACAUCCCGAGUGGCCAACACUGUUGUCCAAAGCAAAGUGGUGAAUAAUUCUCCAGAUCCACAGAAUGUAGAGUUAGAAGUUCAGAUACCCAAAGGAGCCUUUGUUACCAACUUCUCCAUGUGA